GCCAGACCUCAACCUCAAUCCUGUUAUUAUACUCACUUAGCAACCACAAAGAUCUACAGCCCUUCACAGCCUCUUUGCACAGAUCUUGUGUCUUAAACCACAGUUCACAUCACUCUGAGAUGGAGCUUCUUGGUGUCCGACUGCCCGUCACCCGUUUUAGGGAGGAAAAGUAUCAGAUGCUGGAGCUGAACCAGCGCCUUGAAUCGUACUUAGGCCGCGUGAAGCUUCUGGAAGAGGAAAACAAGCUAUUACAACAGGAGAUCCACACUCUCAAGAAGAGCAGCAAUCCACCAGGCCAGCGCAAAACUCAAGAGGAGGCACUCAGCGAGGCCAGGAGGAUGAUGGAGGAGGCCUGGAGGGAGAAAGACCGUGUGGAGCUGGAGGUGGACAACUUAAUGGAAGAUAUGGAGAAGGUGGGCAUUCAAAGACAGAAAGAAAAGAUGACAAAGGCUGAUGCGCAGAGAAGACUUUCAGAGAGCAGAAAGGAGCUAGAAGAGGAGCAGAGAGCUCAGAUUUGCCUUAGAAAGAAGGUUGCUCAGCUUGAGAGCGAGCUUCUGUUACAGAUGCAAAUCCACCAGGAGAACAUGGAAACCUUGCAGGCCUCUCUGAAACAGACAAAAAAAGUCUUGAUGGCUUCUCAGCCCACACAAACUCCCAGCAUACCUGACCUGGGACAGGAGUACAGCCACAGAGCAGCUGAAGUAUGGCGAGAGGCAACCACCAACUAUCAGAGACAGGUUGGAUACCUAGAGGAAAGUCUACACCAGGCCAAAGCUAACAUGGCAAAGAUUCACCAGGAGAAGAUAGAGAACCAGCAUCAGGUUCAGCAUCUGGCCAAGGAGCUGGAGAGUACUAAGACUAAGAGAGAGAUGCUGGAGAAGCAUGCAGUGCGACAGAGAGAAGAACACAGACAGGAGCUUCAGCAUCUCCAGGCUCAAGUAGAUGCUCUGGAGGUGGAGAAAGGCAGCCUGGGGCAGCAGAUAGACAGCCUGAUGGUGGACAGACAAAACCUGCUGCAGGUGAAGAUGUCUCUCGGAUUGGAGGUGGCCACAUACAGAGCUUUGCUGGACAGUGAGGGCCCAAGAACCAAAAGACCAACAACAAACAAGACCAGCUCUGCUUUCUUUUUAGAGGCACUCUCAAAGCCCACUGGGAACCACCUAACCUCACAGACCACUGCUGCUUCCUGCCAUUUCAGCAGUACUGUGUCUACAAGUCACAGAUCAAUCCCCUCCUCUCACACUCUGCUGACCAGUGCGACUCCAACAUGGACCCCGACCCGAGAGACUCCACAAAGAACACCAAGCAAAACCUCAGCGACAAACGAGACCAGGGUUAAUAUCUCUCAGGUGACCAUGAAACAUGCAGAAGAGUCUGUAGAUCAUUCUAUGCCAGUGAAUGUCCAUGACGUCAUGUCCCUUGCAUCAACUCUCCUCCAAAGAGUUGCAGACAGUGUCACUGCAGAACCUGAACCCAAACCAGAAGAUAGUGAAGUUCAGAAAGAGGAUGAACCAAAACAAUCUCAGGCAGCUCAAUUGGUUGAAUCUAAAACUUAUGAAUCUACAUUAAUAAGUGUGUCAACUGACCAACCAAGUAGCCUCUCCCAAACUCCAGAGACAGAGACCUGGGCUGGUUCAUUCACAGAUCCUGCAGGAGUUUUAGAAGAAGGUAAGGAUGAAGACACAGAAGUGUCUAUGGAAAUGUCUCGGAUCUCACAUGCACAGAGGGUUGCUUGGGAGGAAAAUAAAACCGUUGCAGAAGAUGAAAUAGAAGAUGCCUCUGAGAAGGAAGUAAGAUCAGAGAACAUUAAUGAAAGUCACAUAUUCAAAUAUGGAGGUACAGAGAGUAAUAAUAAUGCAUUUACAUCCAGCCAGGUCAGAAAAACAACAAAUAACCAGGCUUCAUCAUUGCUAGAGCAAGGACCUUUAUAUUCUGUGGGUGGUUUAGGCUAUAUGGAAGAAAUAAAUGAAGAUUUGAUGAGGGCAGAUGAACAGGACACUGCGAGUGAUAUCAGUGAAGAGAUGAUGGAGCUAAUGAACAGUGAAACUGAGGCAGCGAUUGACUCAAUUAUUGAGUGGGACAGGCAGGAAGAAGAUGAGGGAGAGAAUGAGAGGAAAGUCAUGAGUCCUGACUCUGAGAUGGAAGAUGAGGGUGAAAUGGGAAUAGAGGAGAAGGGAAUAGAGAACGAGAUUAUGGCUGAAAGUGAGCAUGAAGAGACUGAGGUGAUUGAGGCAGACAUUGCUGCACAGGAGGAAAGCCUUCCUCAUCCAAGAGGAGAAACUGUGGACCUUGAUCAUCAUGAGAGUCUAGAAAGUACUGUACCACCAGCUGAACUCCAUGAUCAGACAUUAAACAAAGACCGUUCUUUGCCUGAGGAGUAUGAGAAAGAAGAAGAAAACCAAGGUGAUGAAGAUGACUCCCCAAACAUCUCUGCCUCUUUGAGAACCGAUCCUGGUGAGUGUGACAGCUACACUCAGGAGAACACACUCGCAGACACUCGUCCCUUGAUUCGUUAUAAGAGUGAUGAGGAAACAGAUAUGAAUCCACAAGCCUCACAUGUUGGAGUCAGUGAGACCAGUGACAGUGAGGAUGAGAAAGACAGAACUGACGGAGGCCAGUGGGGUGAGAACCCCUCAAAACGCUUCAACACCAUGGAGGAUCUCUCAGAAGAACCAGACAUGGAUGUCAUUGGAGAGAUGAUGACAGAAGAGAUUGUUCAGACAGAAGAAGCACUAGAUAAUAGAGAGUAUAUGAUUCUUCAUGGUGAACAUGAUGACUCUAGAAACCAUGAAAGUUUGGUGGUGGAUGAGGUGGAAAAAGAAAGUGCAAGGAAUGAGCCCAAGGAAAACCAUGAGGAAGAAAGAGAUGACAUUUUGAGAGAUGAUGGUCAUGAUCUCAAGGUUGAUGAGCAAAAUGAGAAUCUACAACUGACUGAAGAGCAGCAAAUUCAUCACACCAAACAGGCCAACCAGGUUGAUGAAACAGCCAAUUUAUAUAAUUGUAAAGAAAAUGUCAACAUGGAACCGUUUUCAUGUUUUAACCAUCCAUCUUCAUUCCCAGAUAUGUCAUUCCCUGAAAAGUCCCAGCAAAUACAGCCUGAAAGUCCCAUUGACGUUUCAUCAACUCUGACCAUGAUCCAAGACCCAGCUUUUACCAAAGAACCACCUAUUGAAGAGGAAGAUAACCAGAACAUAUCCAUUCACACCAAUGUGGAUCUCAUGGACAAUCUCUCUUUGGAGCGUGAGAUACAUAGCCAGCUAGACAUGCCCAACUCUGACUUUGAAGAGUGCAUUAGCUCAGAAGAUGAGUCUCCAAAUGCCAGCCAGUGCUUUCAGAACCCAACCCUUUUAGAACCGUCUACUUUCAAUGAACAAGCAUUAACCUUGGGAGGUCAGUUUACUAAUGAUGGAGUCUCCAAGGCUGACAGUGAUGAACCUGAAGAAGUGAUUAGCAAGGACUUAAUGGAGAAGAGUACUGAAGAACAUAAAACUUCUCUGAUUGAUGAUUGGGAGAUUUCCAACAUCUGGAGCACAAGCAAAAGCAUGCCAACUGCAGAAGAGAUCACUCACAGUAGUAUGGAUGGAAACACAGGCCAACUUUCUCCAUGGCAGGAGACUGAGAAUUUGGACAGCCCAAAACGAAUGCUGAGUGAAGCCGAAAACAUCUUUGGCAUGACAUUUUUUGAAGAGCAUCUUGAAAGGGCAGUGGAGAGCUUUUCCAAAGAAGAAUCAAGUAUGAUAGAAAUCUUCAAAAGGAACAAUCAAGAGGAGGAGGAAUUCCAGUCUAAGGAAAAGGAAAGUGAGAUUCGCAGCUUUUCUAGCUCUAAUUUGAAGGAAGAUUACUGGAGCGAAGGAAAAAUGGAGAUGGCAGCUGCGUAUGCCCCGGCCAAAACUGAAAACUUUGCACAUGAUCCCAUCCACUUAAACCAGAGCAUGGUCUUUGGAGAGGAGUGGAGAGGUUUGGGGGUCAUGUCAGCAGCUAAUGGAAAUACUAAAGAAGAGAUGGUCAUCCUCAAAGGCCAGUCACAGGAUGAGAAGCUGCAAUAUAAGGAUAAACAGACAGAGCAAAAGGAGAUGGUCCAGUCUGAUGACUCUGUUGAUGAUGGGGAUUCCUGGUCCUCUGGUGAUGAGUAACAGCUUUGCGAAAACAAAAGAGAAAAAAUAAAUAUUAGCUCUGUCCAAUUACAUGUUUUGAGCAGUUAACACUAAACCAAAAACCUAGAAAAGUGUAGUAAUACCAUAUAGAUAGAUAGAUAGAUAGAUAGAUGUACUAUUAAAGGUAGAGUUCACCCAAAAAUGAAAUUCUAAAAAUUAUUUACUCACCCUAAUGAUGUUCAGAAUCCAUAUUACUUUUUCUCUUCCAUGAAACAGAAAAGGAGAUGCUAGAAAAAAUGUUAGGGACUGACAACAGGAACAAUUCACUUUCUUUGUAUGGAAAAAGAGCAGCAUCAGGAUUUUUCAAAAACAUGUUUCAUGCUUCCACAGAAGAACAUCAUUCAGUUUUGGAAUGAGAUGAGGAUGACUAAAUGAUUACAGAAUUUUCAUUUUUGGGUGAAGCAACCCUUUAAGCCACAAUGGAAAUUUGCGGUGGAAAAAAGUGGCAAAGUCAAACACAAAUCGCACCUUUAUACAUCCAUUGAAAUGAAGCUUGAUAAGACAUAGAGUGGAACGUGUUGUAUAAAGGAAUAGUUCUCUGGGCAGAGAGAAGAAUUUAUGAUAAAAAUGACUUAAAUAUUGAUCUGUUUCUCACCCACACCUAUCAUAUAAUGUCUGAACACAUGGAUUUAACCACUGGAGUCUUAUGGAUUACUUAUAUGUAGGGUUGGGAAUCGUAAGGAAUUUUACGAUUCCGGUUCCGAUUCCUCUUAACGAUUCCAGUUCCUUAAUGUUUCCAGUAACGAUUCCAGUAAUACUCUUAGUACUUUAAAAAAAUAUAUUUAGAAAUGAGAAAUGCAAUUGUUAUUGCAUUUACUACCCUCUGCUGUCUGUUACCAAAUAAUGAGAUCAUUUCAGAUUUGUACAAAUCAGAAAUAAAUUGAAUACAGUUCUUGUAAAAGGUAUGUUUUCAGACUUUUUAGAGUCAUAAAUACAAUCCAAAAAUAGAUCCUAACUAUAUUUUAAAUAAAUUUAAACCAACAAGAAAUGUGAUGGCAUAUUUCAUUAAUUCAUUUAUUAUUUUAUAAAAUUCCACUUAUUAUAGCAAAACUUGUGUAUCUUUAAUUAUACAUUGUCAUAUGAACAGUCAGUAACUGCCCUGCUUGAUUUAGUAGAGGCAUAGGUCAUCAUUAAAUAAACAGUUCAAGAGACAGUUUAGACUGUUUUAUGUAGCCUAAUGUUGUACUUCAGGCUUGUGAGACAUCAACAGUUAUUUAAUUUCGAGUUCAUAACCUGCACAUCAGUAUUAGAUUACUUUUAUACUGGAAGCGCUGUAUGUUUCGUGCUGUAGAUUCAAAAGAACCAGCUCAGAAUGGUUCUUUUGGGAUCGGACUAUACCGGAAGCACCAUAUGUUCUGCGCUGUUGAUUCAAAAGAAACGACUCCUUUGCAUAAUCAUUUCGGGAAUCGAACUGUACCGGAAGCGCAUAUGUUUCACGCUGUAAAAAGAGCCGGCUCAAGACUCGUUCGAUUGGGAAUUAAAUACACUGGUAGAACUGUGUGUUUUUACGCUGUAGAGUCAGUAGGGGGCAGCGCUGCUGCAGAGAUAUGCUGCGGGAAACACUGUCAGAGUAUUUCAGGACAGUGUUCCAGCCACAUCGGCAGAAAAUUGCAUGCUGGAGAACCUUUAGCGGAACCGGAAUUCAUGAAUAUCAUACAAUUCCGGUAUUUUUAAAGAAUAGAACCGGUUCUCGGUUCCCAGCCAUACUUAUGUGCUCCUUUUAUGUGUAUUUUGGAGCUUCAAUAUGGUCGCACUCAUUCACUUCCAUUGUGAGGACCUACAGAGCUCAAAUAUUAUUUUAAAAAUCUUAAUUUGCGUUCUGCAGAAGAAAGUCAUACACAUAUGGGAUGGCAUGAGGGUGAGUAUACCUUGAGAAUUUUCAUUUUUAGGGUGAACUAUCCCUUUAAUGUAAUUCUCCUCAAUAAAGUAACAGCAUGGCAUAAUUUGCCAGCUGUCAUGACAGCUGAAGAAGGCAUUACGAAGAAGGCAUUACGCUUGCAGUGGGCAGAAAGGAUCUUAAGUAGUGCUUUUUAGAGAUUUACUAUGAAGAUUCAUGUCAUGUUUGAUGUUGGUUGUCCUAAUCAUACAAGCUUCCUGGUGAGAGAGAGAGAGAGAGAGAGAGAGGAAAAAAAAAAAUCCAAUUACUUUGUGCAUUUUCACUGAUAUUAUUAAAAUGUAUAAAAACAAUAUUAAAUCAAACAUACUUGGAAAUUAUUUUUAGAAAAGUAAUAAAAAGGCGAACAGCUAAUAUUUUGAGCUGGCUGUUUCUUUUCAUUUUUAUUAUUAUUCUUUUAAAUUAUUAUUAUUAUUUAUGAAGUUCCACAAUUGUGAUCAAUAUAAAAUCAUGGGCACACAUAACAUCAUUUCCCCAGUUUGCAUAGCUUUGUGAUGAAUUUAAAUCUAGGUUGAAAGCAGAUUCUCAAGUUCUAGUUUUAAUUUUCUAACCAUUAAAGUGAAUCAGAACUUCAGUUGAAUUGUAAAUGUGCUAAUUAUGACAUUGAUCACAGAGUUCAAAAGAGACUCGGGUUUGGAGCCCACACAAUACUGUUCUCAGAGAAAGAGGCCACAUGAGAAGGGAGAAAGAAUAAGGAACAAUGAAUAAUAGAUGACAUCACCUCAUUUCCCUCUGUAUGUCUGCUGGCCCUCUGG